GCCAUUGCCGUGCGCGUCGACUGUGACGAUCACUUGGUUCGACUCCUCCCUCCUUUGACGGCUCUUCGCUCCGAGCAGUCGUCUUUCCAGCUGGCGCCGCGAUCCUUGUGCCCCGUUCUCCCACGAUGACGAUGACCCUGUCGGUGACGGCGAAAGCGACGUGAAGAAGAUCGCAGCCUCGAGCCCCUUGGCACCGAUCGACGAUCGACCACACUGCAUCAUGAACCUCUCCCUCGUCGACCCGUUUGUCCUCGCCCAGGACUGCCCCGAGGCUCUUACUGGAAGCCUUCGCAAUGGCCACUCAACCUGCAUUCGCUUCUCUCACCAAGGCGACUACCUGGCCUCUGGCCGAUUGGACGGCGGAAUCGCAAUCUUCGAUCUCGAGACCAACGGAAUAGCCCGCAAGCUGAAAGGCCACACCGCGCAAGUCCAAUCGCUCUCCUGGUCGUUCGACGACCGAUACCUGCUGUCUGCAUCUCAGGAUUGGAAGGUUAUCCUGUGGGACUUGGCGGACGGCAGUCGCAAGCACACGGUGCGCUUUGAGGCGCCCAUUUUCAUCGCUGAGCUGCAUCCCCUGCGCAGCGACGUCUUCGUCGUCGCACUCUUCGAGGAGCAGCCUAUGCUAGUUGACAUCUCUGGCACAAUAGCUGUAAAGAAAGUACUGCCUUCUGCACCGUUGCGCAGCAAAGAGGAGAGAGAAAACGCAACAGAGAAACAGGAGGCGCAGGACAAGAAGCAAACCACCACAGUCGCGUGCUUCAACCCAGCUGGCACCCAUAUCCUCGCCGGCACAAACAAGGGUUGGUUGAAUAUCAUCUCUACAGCGACAUGCCAGACAGUGUACUCCUUGCGCCUGACAAACAACAUCGUCAUUCUUAUCCGGCUCUCGCAGUCCGGCUUGGACAUGGUGGUCAACUCAUCCGACCGCAUCAUUCGCACCUUCAAGCUGCCGGAUUUUGCAGAUCCAAACUUUGACUUCCAGAAUCUCAAGCUGGAAGUCGAACACAAAUACCAGGAUCUGGUGAAUCGCCUCAGUUGGAACUACGUGUCUCUUUCCUCUGGUGGCGCAGACUAUGUAACUGCAAGCACCUACAUGAACCACGACAUCUAUGUGUGGGAGCGUACGGACGGCUCUCUUGUUAAAAUUCUCGAUGGUCCAAAAGAGGAGCUCUCGGCUGUGGAAUGGCACCCUCUCAAGCCGUUUGUCGCCGCUGUGGGUCUGGACACGGGCAGGGUAUAUCUGUGGAGUAUUGCGACCCCGCAGAAGUGGUCGGCCCUAGCCCCGGACUUCGUUGAAGUCGAGGAGAACGUGGAAUACAUUGAACGAGAAGACGAAUUCGACAUCCAGCCAAAUGACGAGCUUACCAAGCGGAGAUUGGAACAGGAAGAUGAGGAGGUGGAUGUGCUUACCGUAGAGCCUAUCAAGGGAGGCAUGGAGUGGGAGAACUCGGAUGGCAGGGGAAGAUUCAGAAUGCCUGUGCUCCUUGUGGGGGUCGAUAACAGUGACAGCGAGGAGGAGAUCGUGGCUAUAGGAGCGGGACAGUUCAGACGGAAGGGUGGAGGACAGGACUGGGCUGCUGAGACCGUCUCAGGAGCAAGCGAAGUGCCCGUUGCGAAUGGAGGCAGAGAAGGGAGCAAGAGACGCCGAGCAGAUUAAGAGUUCGAUUCACUACGUGCGUUGAUGCGUGGUGAAAGCGACUGUUCUAUCUGGCCGAUCAGAUAAGGAGAUUGUCAAGAAUGAAUCCUGACCAUCGCCGAACAGAACAGGUGACCAAAUUGGCUUCAUUCAGGCACGUAUUCGAUCAUUUGAAAUGUCUCAAAACUGCGAGAGCAUAUCUCCCAGAUGAUCCCCCAAGGGUCCUGAAUGUACAACGCCACUAUCCCUCUACCCAACCGGGCCGUCUCCCGAAUCUUCUCUCCCCCAGCCUCGACAAGCUUCGCAAACAAAGCCUCUGGAUCUGGAUGCGUGAGAGCGAUAUGGAAACAUCCACCUCGGACCCAAUGCUGCGUGCCGAACGGAUUGGGUUUUCCGGGUCCGGAAUAUGCUGGUGAAAUGAAUUGAAACAGCUCGAUGCCGAUGUUUCCGCUUGCGAGGUACGCGAUGCGCAUCUCGUUCAGCUCAGGACCAUAUACUGUUCAAAAAAAAAUAUAAAAAUCAUGAGCCUAGAACUGACUGACAGACGAAAAGUUUUGUACGGUCACCAUGGAGGAGAUGAGAAGGAACAGCUUACUGGCAAGUCCACCGCGGUCGACGACAUCAGCUUCGGGAGGGCCACGCUUCACUCUGUUAUGGGGGCGAAGUUGGACGAAACCUAGAUGUGUGGUGUACCAUGCUACGGCGGCAUCCAGGUCGGGGACCGAGAUUCCAAGAUGAUUGAUGUUGAGAUUGGCGACAGGUUGAACCAUGGUAUUCUAGUGCAAGAUGGCUCAGCUCUGGAUGCGCGACGCGAUGUAGACAACAAUGAAUUGAGGUUGGUUUGUAAACGUACAGAUGCCAUACUGGUACACCCUCAAAACAUAAAACGGCAUGAAAGGUUGAGGAGAACGGUCCGUUUUUCUAUAGAUGCACAAUACGGAGAUAGAACGACCAGAAGGCAGGUGGAAAAAUAAAUAAAAAAA